UGAAACCCGUUUAGUGGGCUAGGCAACUUCGGCGUAGUAUAAAAGGCCGACGGGCAUUGUUUCAUUUCAAGAAGCUGCUCCAAAAUGCUGAAAUAUACCCUUAUCUUUGCCCUGUUCGUCGUGUUGGCCAGCUGCAGUGAGGAGGAUCUGCAGGCGCAGCUUCUGAAGUCGGAGAACCUCCAGAACUUGGACGGAGCUGGGCAGUUCCAGCAUGAGAUCACGGUCAGCAAUGGGAUCCAGGUGAAAGCUCAAGGCAAUGUGAACGGCAUCCAGGGCGAAUACUUCCUUCCCGGCGAAGAUGGCAAGCAAAUUCGCGUGACUUACACCGCAGAUGCAACCGGCUUCCAUCCGAAGGUCGAGGAGUGACCGAGUGACUUUGAUAUUAUGGUAAUCUUAACUUAUAAUACGGCGGGUUUUUCCAUUAAAUGAGUUGUGAGAUAAUGCGUAAUGUUCCUAUAUAACGUUCCCCAGGUAGAACUCAGAUUGAGAACUGUUGGACGCUUCAGCGUCUUUAUCCAAAGGUCUGUCCAAUUAGACGUUGCGCUUACAGAGCCCGUGAAUGGGUCAUGUAGUAUGAUUUCCUCAUCCUACUCUCUGCUGCACAAAUAAAAGGU